AAUAUUUUUUAUUAGUGACAAGAAAAAAAGACAUUUAUAAUUGUUUUAAACAUAUUUAUCAUGACUGGAGACAAGUUCAAUUAAUUAAUGAUGAAAAUAUCAUGCUAGAAAAUGCUGGGACAGGCCGUUUUAUAACAAUGAUUUGUGCUGCAUUUAUGUAUGGCGGUGGUUUUUUUUAUAAUACAAUAAUGCCAUUUGCAGUGGGUAGUUUCGUUACGCCUGACAAUAAAACAAUUAAACCACUUACAUAUCCAGUUUAUGAUCCACUAUUUUCUGCUCAAGAAACACCAAAUUAUCAAAUUGUUUUGACAUUACAAUGGUUUUCUGGUUUCGUUAUGUAUAGCAUCACGAUUGGGGCAUGCAAUCUUUCGGCAGUUUUCGCGCUACAUGCUUGUGGUCAACUAAAAAUUAUUAUUUAUCGUUUAGACAAUUUUGCUGUUAAUGAUGAUAAUAAUAACAAUAAUAAUAUUGAUAGUGUGCUGAAAAAUAAAAUGGCUUAUAUAAUUGAAUGUCAUAAUCGAACAUUGCGAUUUAUUAUACGUGUUGAAAAAUUAUUAAAUGAAAUUAAUUUGAUUGAAUUUCUUGGCUGCACGUUUAUAAUUUGUAUGGUCGUUUAUUACUUUAUGACGGAAUUAAAAAAUGCAGAAGCAAUAUCAACAAUUACCUACUGUGUGUUGUUGGUCUCAUUCACUUUUAAUAUAUUUAUUUUCUGUUAUAUCGGUGAAAUGUUGACACAACAAGGAAAAAGAGUUGGUGCAGCAGUAUAUAAUAAUGUAAAUUGGUAUGAGCUAACAACAAAAAAUUCACGAGGAUUAAUAUUGAUAGCAGCUAUGUCAAAUUAUCCAUGCAGUUUAAGUGCUGGAAAAAUGGUGAAUCUAUCUUACGCUUCAUUUGCUUGUGUCAUUAAAACUGCCAUGACGUAUUUAAAUAUUUUAUAUAAAAAUUAUAAUUAUAAAAAUGAUAUUGAUUAUGUUGUUAAAAUUUCUCGUACUUUAUUGAAACCAAUUGGUAUUUAUCCAUUACAUGGAAGUGAUACGACAAUAAGUAAAAUAUUAGUGAACAUACAAAUAAUUUGUAUAUUUAGUUUAAUGUUAUUUGUACUAGUGCCACAUUUAAUUUAUACUUAUUUCGUUGCUGAGGAUUUAACACGUCUAAUGAAAAUAAUUGCUGCUCAGGUUUUUAAUUCUCUGGCAUUGAUAAAAUUUUGGACUAUGAUUAUAAAUAAAAAACAGCUACGCUGGUGUCUCAAAGAGCUGGAAGACAGCUGGCGUGAUAUCGCUUCUGACGAGGAUAGAAAAAUAAUGAUUAAAAAUGCUAAAAUUGGUAGAAUAUUUACUGUAGCAUAUUUGAGUUUAUUGUAUGGUGGUGCAUUACCAUAUCACAUUGUCAUGCCAUUAAUAGCACCAAAAAUAAUUAUGCCAGAUAAUUCAACACUAAUACCACUACCAUAUCCAAGUGAAUAUAUUUUUUGGGUACCUCAAGAUUCACCGGGUUAUGAGAUGCUAUUUGUUGGACAAAUAAUAAUGAGUAGUCUUUUGUUAUCAACUAAUUGUGGUAUAUAUUCAUUAAUUGCAGCUUAUAUUAUGCAUGCAUGUUGUCUAUUUGAAAUUGUCCAACGUCAUUUAAAGUAUAUUCUUGAAUCAUCAAUUGAAGGACAAUUUAAUGAUAAUCUUGCUGCUGUUAUUGACAAACACAAUCAAGCAAUAUACUAUGCUGGUCUACUUGAAAAAUCAUUGAAUAUUGUUUUCUUAUCGGAAAUGGCUGGUUGCACAGUAGUUAUUUGUUUUUUGGAGUAUGGUGUACUUUUAGAGUGGACUGAUGGCGAUGUUUUUGGAUUAAUCACGUAUUUUAUGCUUUUAACAAGUAUAUUUGUCAAUGUAUUUAUCAUAUCUUAUAUUGGAGAACGUCUUAAAGAAAUGAGUUUAAAAAUUAGUGAGUGCACUUAUAAUCUUGAUUGGUAUAAUUUACCAAAAAAAAUGGUUCUUGAUUUGAUGGUGAUAAUGGUCAGAGCAAAUCAACCAUCCACAUUAUCGGCUGGAAAAUUAUUUGAUGUGUCAAUCGUUGGUUUUGCACAUGUCAACAUGGAAAAUAAAUCCCAAAGUAUCCCAGCAAAUAUUAAGUAUAGUACAGAGUUGAGUCGUUGGGUAUUAACACUACUUGGAAUUUGGUCAAAUGAAAAUAACAAAAAUAUUAUUAAUCAAAUAUUAUCAAUUGUAUUGAUAUUUAUGUGCUAUUUUAUUAUUUGUUUCUCGCUGGUGCCUUGCGGUUUAUAUACGUUUAUUAGUGAAAAAGAUAUACAUCUUAAAAUGAAAGCAAUUGGUCCUUUAAGUUUUUGUGUUAUGGCAUUAAGUAAAUAUUUUUUAUUAGUGACAAGAAAAAAAGAUAUUUAUAAUUGUUUUAAACAUAUUUGUCAUGAUUGGAGACGAGUUCAAUUAAUUAAUGAUGAAAAUAUCAUGUUAGAAAAUGCUGGGACCGGUCGUUUUAUAACAAUUAUUUGUGCUGCAUUUAUGUAUGGGGGUGGUUUUUUUUAUAACACAAUAAUGCCAUUUGCAGUGGGUAGUAUUGUUACGGCUGACAAUAAAACAAUUAAACCAAUUACAUAUCCAGUUUAUGAUCCACUAUUCUCUGCUCAAGAAACACCAAAUUAUCAAAUUGUUUUUACAUUACAAUGGGUUUCUGGAUUUAUCAUGUACAGCAUUACAAUUGGUGCAUGUAAUCUUGCAGCCGUAUUUGCAUUUCAUGCAUGUGGACAAUUGAAAAUUGUCAUUUCACGACUAGAUAAUUUUGUUGAUCGAAAUCAUAAUUAUGAUGAUGUGUUAAAAAAUAAAAUGGGUGUUAUAAUUGAACUUCAUCUUCGCACAAUAAGAUUUAUUUUACGUGUUGAAGAUAUAUUGAAUGAAUUAAAUUUAAUUGAAUUUCUCGGCUGUACAUUUAAUAUUUGUAUGCUUGUUUAUUACUUUAUGAGUGAAUUUGAAAAGGCUGAAACAAUAUCGACAAUCACCUACUGUGUUUUACUGGUUUCAUUUACUUUUAAUAUAUUUAUAUUUUGCUACAUAGGGGAAAUGUUGACACAACAAGGAAAAAAACUUGGCUUGGCAGCAUAUAACAACAUGAAUUGGUAUGAACUAACAACAAAAAAUUCUCGAGGAUUAAUUUUGAUAAUGGCAAUGUCUAAUUGUCCUUGCAGCUUGACUGCAGGUAAAAUGACAAGUUUGUCAUAUGCUACAUUUUGUUCUGUUAUCAAAUCAGCAAUGGCGUAUUUAAAUAUUUUACGGUCUGUUGUUUUAUAAAAAUUUAAUAGGACCGAAU